AGUGACACAGGCCAAACCCCUGCCCCACUGACCUCUUCCCUGGAGAAACAGGGGAGAGCAGUGCUUGGGCCAUCACGAGAAGGGCUGAGAGGCGGGCUCUAGCCUGGGGACACAGGGACAGUGGAGCCAUAGCAAGGGCUGCAGCCAGAGCCUGAGACCGUCAUGGAGGAACAAGUCCAAGACCUGCUGUAACUGAGAAGCCCCCAAGGCAGAUGCUGGGAAGCAUAACGCACUUCAGCAGACAUCUAAAAAUCUCAAAGACAGAAUAUGACUCAGGCCGACAGGAAGAGGCGGUCCACCCGCAUGUCCAAGACGAUCAUGCAGCCUGCAGUAACAAGGAUGAAAGCAAUACUGCGGAAGGAGAUGGUGCGAGAGUUCCUGGCCGAGUUCAUGAGCACGUUUGUCAUGAUGGUGUUUGGUCUCGGCGCCGUGGCCCACAUGGUUCUAGGAGAAAAAAUGGGGAGCUACCUCGGCGUCAACUUGGGUUUUGGCUUCGGCGUCACCAUGGGAGUGCACGUGGCAGGGAACAUCUCUGGGGCCCACAUGAACGCGGCCUUGACCUUCACCAACUGUGCACUGGGCCGCAUGUCCUGGAAGAAGUUUCCCGUGUAUGUUCUGGGUCAGUUCCUGGGUUCCUUCGUGGCUUCUGCCACCAUCUACUGCCUCUUCUACACCGCCAUUAUCGACUUCUCGGGGGGAAAGCUGACAGUGAGCGGUCCCACAGCCACUGCUAACAUUUUUGCCACCUACCUUCCUGACCACAUGACGUUGUGGAGGGGCUUCCUGGAUGAGGUGUUGGCGACAGGGAUGCUUCAGCUGUGUCUCUUAGCCAUCACGGAUAAGGGGAACAACCCAGCACUGCAAGGGACACAGGCCUUGGUGAUCGGCAUCCUUGUUGUCAUCAUUGGGGUGUCCAUGGGCAUGAACUCAGGAUAUGCCAUCAACCCAUCCCGGGACCUGCCUCCCCGCUUCUUCACUUUCAUUGCUGGCUGGGGCACACAGGUCUUCAGCGCCAAGGACUGGUGGUGGGUGCCGGUGGUGGCACCACCCCUGGGCGCCUACUUAGGCGCCAUCAUCUACUUGAUCUUCAUUGGCUCCAGCACCCAACGGGAGCCGCAGAUACUGGAGAAUCCCUCGACGUAUGAAGACCACAGAAUACCUGUGUUGCCCAAGACCAUGUCUCACCCACCCGUGACCUCUUCCCUCACCCCUGUCUCUGUGUCCCCCGACAACAGACCUUCAGUUCUGUCCCACCCUUAAGUGACUCCAUCUGCCUAGAGCACCUCUAAGGAAGACUAUUUGUCCCAAUAAAGAAAGUCUUGUCCCA